AUGUCUGAUAUCGGACAAGGUCCAUCAUCAGGCCCUCCUGGCCCAACACAGACCAUUGCCCACGGCGUCAUCCACCCCCAGGGAAGACGACCAAGCCAAGCGGCCACAGGUUUCCCAGGCCAACAAGCCGCUCCAUUCCAAACUGCUACGCCGCAAACCCACUCAACAAGUGCGAGUGACAUGCCAAUGACUGUCGGUAUGGCCAUGGACCUAUUCCGACAAGUCUCACGCGAAGAACUUUAA